CCCCGUGUGUAAAAAAGCCACAUUCGGCCAGGAGUUUGUCUACAGCCAUCUGGAAGGACCAUCAUCCGAUCACAAGACCAGUUGAACCAGAGUUCCUAAUGGCCACAGAAGGGGAGAACCAGACAGCUACAAAGACUGAGAAUAUCGUGACCAGAAUCACCAACCUGCCCUUGGUCAGUUCUGCGUACGGCGUUUGGUCCUCCAUGUACGAGUAUGCCAAGAAGACCUACCCCUGCGUCAACACCGCCUGCAACAUCGUCGAGAUGGUGGCCGCCGUCGCCGUGGGCAGUGCCCGAGGGGGUGCCCAGCCUCUCCUGCCCCACCUUGAACCCCAGAUUGCAACCGUGAACGACUAUGCUUGCAAAGGUUUGGACAAGUUGGAGAAAAAACUGCCAAUUCUUCAUCAACCAACUUACCAGGUCUUCGAAGACGGCGUCACCUUGACCAAGUCGGUGGUUUCUUCCACCGUCCAGGCGGCCGGCGAAGCCAAGGGCCGCAUGACCCAGAAAGUGACCGCCGCUGUCGGCCUGACCAAGGACAUCGUCCAGGACGGCAUCACCUUGACCAAAUCCGUGGUGAACUCCACCGUCACCACGGCCCGGAGCGCCGCCAGUGGAGCCAAGGAUCUCAUGACUCAUCGGGCGGCUGACGUGGUCAAGCUGGGCAAGCAGACCCUCAACGAAGGCGUUGACCUGACCCGAUCGGUGGUGUCCACCACGGUCAACGCCGCCCGUCAGAUGCAGAGCUCGGGGGCCGUCCAGGAAGGGGUGGAGAUGGCCACGUUGUUCCGGCAAGCCGUGGCCAGCGGGGUGGACACCGUGUUGGAUAAGACGGAGCAGAUGGUGGACUAUUACCUUCCUGUGUCCGAAGAAGAGCUCGCCCAGCUGGCCACCGAGGUCCACGGCGUCAGCCAGGCCGCCAUCGACCAGCAGCAGAGGGAGCAGAGCUAUUUUGUCCGUCUGGGGUCCCUCUCCAGCAAACUCCGUUCCCGGGUCUACCGACAUUCCCUGAAUCGGCUUCAUGUGGUCCAGGAAAACACUCAGGACAUGCUCACCCAGCUCCAGUAUGUGAUUAACCUGGUGGCACAUGUGAAAAACAGCGCAGGGAGUCAGUUCCAGGAAGCACAACAGAAACUUAACCAAACUUUGCUUAAAUGGACCCAAAUUCAGCCGGAAGAGGAUCAGGAAAGAAGAAAGAAAGAAAACACCCCACAGCAGAUACGUGGAUCCCAUCUGAAAGUUACUGAGAUUGAGAAAGACUGUCAUAGACACUACGGAGGUCCAGGAACACGGGUCGAGCCGUUGACUUUGGCCAUGUUACGAUCCCUCAUCCAAAAUCUGAGUCCUGCUUACACCUGGCUGAUGUCCACCGUGGAAGUGCUGCCCAGAAACCUCCGGGAAAGAGUGGACCAGACUCAGAGUAACUUCCAGCAGCUCCAUCGCUCCUUCUCUUCUGCCGAGUCCUUCCAGGAUCUGCCCUCCGGCCUCCUCACCCAGAGCCAGGAGAUGAUUUCCCAAGCCCGAGAGGUUCUCCACACGUUGGCCGAACACCUCAUCCAGAUCACCCCUCUGAAUUGGAUCGUGGGGCCCUUCCGAUCCCAGGCAGGAGGAUCGGGGACCCCCCAGGUGGUGCAGCUGAAGGAGACGAGCAAAGAGGCCAGGGCACCCUCGUUGGAGAAGGUGGCAGCUAAAAGGGCAAAGAGGAUGGAGAAGACAACUGAGGAGGACCCGAGAGAGUCCACAGAGGCGAUGGGGGCCUUGAAGGAGCUGUUAGCGGGGUCCGAGAAGGCCCCCCAAGAGAAGAACUAGGAGAGGCAAAGUCUCCAGGGCUGUCCACAAGGCGUGGUCAAGAGUCUCCAGGUGUUGACCACAACAGAGUGUUGAUGGCCUCUUUGGGACCACCAUCUUCUUUGACCACACCCUGUGGACAUCCUGGGAGCCUCUGAAGGGCCGGGCAAGUUGCCCUAAAAGUUUUGCAGCUCUUCCUCCCCAACUACAAUGCCCCCCCACCCCCCACCCCAUGAUGCUGGAGGCCUUCUCCCAAAAAGUCAGAUGAAGGAGACCCAAUUUCCAAGAGGCGAACUCCAGUCCCUGUGAAAAGAGAAACAGGAAAGCUAAAGGCUUGCAGAGAGAUAGAGAUAGAGAGAGAGAGAGAGAGAGAGAGAGAGAGAGAGAGAGAGAGAGAGAGCAGUGGA